AUGGAAGGACACAGCAACGCUGAUGCCAGAAGAAAGGUAACAUUCAAUCCGGAGCUGCUCCGAUAUGGAGAAGAAAGAAAUCAACGAUCGCAGCAGCAGCAGCAGCAGCAGCGCAGCAGCGACAACGGUGGCGGCGGCGACGACGACGACGGUGGCGGCGGUGGAGGCGGCGGUGGUGAGGGUGGUGGGAGUAGCGACGGCGUCGACGGCGUCGCUGGUGGUGGUAGUGGCGACGGAGGCGAUGGUGGAGGUGGCGAUGGCGGUGGUGGCGGCGGCAGUGGCGGCGGCACGAACCUCACAAACACACCCACGCGACAUCAUCGUCCGCACGAGUACGUAAAAGUACGUAGACCCCAAGGAUGCCGGUGUGUAAGAGUACUGGUGCAUAAGACCGGCUAG